UGAGAUGGUGAUGUGAAGAAAGAAAAAGAAGAAACAAAGCAAAGAAUCAUUCGAAGGGCGGCUUGGUCUCUCCUGUUAGGUGGGUUUUCAAGUUCCUUCUUCCAAACGCGUCUCUCUCUCUCUCUCGAUCUCUCGAUCAAAUUCCCUGAAUUUUCUUUCAGAUUUGUUCUUCAUUAUCCGAUUAUCAAUCUUUUUUACACUAAUUUGAUUCCCUUUUUUCUUUUUAGUUAUUCCCUUUCAAGGGUUUGUUAAAAGAAAGUGCGAAAAAAAGUAAAGCAGGAUUCUUGUGGUGUAGUGAGCUUACUUUUUAUCCAUCUGUCCAGCUCACAGGAGAUAAUAAAGCUAUUUUUAUUCAAAAAGACCAGGUUAUUUUGAGAGAUUUUUGCGUUAUCUUUACUUUCAAGUCCCAAGAUCGUUAAACUCCAAGUGGGGUUUCUUUUUUUAUCUUUUCCUAAAUCAAAAGUCAGAAUCUUUCCCUCUUCGAGGGGUUUGAUCCAUACAGAAAAAGGGGAAAACCGAUGUGGGGAAUUUUGAAGAAAGGGGCAUUGAUGGUUUUUGGGGGAGUUUGUUUCAGUUUGAUUGAAAUCAGUGGGUUUCUGAUGUAUAGUUCAGAUAUCUUUUUUUGUGUUUUGUGUAUUUUAUCAUAGGGUUUGGAAAGGGGUUUGCUUUAGUUCUGAUUCUAGAACAGUUUUUUACGAUGGGUUUGUUGUAACCUCCAUUUAAAGCCUUCUUCAUCACUUCCACUUCGGAUGAUUUUGAUCAGAAUUCGAGUUGGGUUUCUAGGGUUUCGAUAAAUUCUUGUUUCGUUCUUCGCAAUCUAAGAUAUGCUCAAGCAGAUUCUCAGUAAAGUUUCCCGGAAACAGUCCAAAUCGUCCAAAAAUCAAGAAUCGUUAAGCAACCUAACCCCAAAUUCAACCUCUUCUAGCUCAAAGAGAAGCGAUUUAGGAAGCGGGAAUUCAAGAAAGCUUGUAAACGCCGAUAUUUCCUCACCUUUGGAUUCCAGAUUCAUUCCAGGCGAGAAGAAUUUCCGCAAUGGUAAUCCUGUAAGUGUUUCUUACGAAGCUCUACCAAGUUUCAGAGACGUUUCAAGCAAUGAAAAACAGAAUUUAUUCAUAAAAAAAGUCGCCAUGUGUUCUGUAAUCUUUGAUUUCACCGACCCCACAAAAAACCUCAAAGAAAAAGAAAUCAAAAGACAAACUUUACUAGAAUUAGUCGAUUUUGUUGCGUCUAGCAACGUUAAAUUCACAGAAUCAGUCAUGCAAGAGUUUGUGAAAAUGGUAUCUGCAAAUUUAUUUCGCGAACUCACUCCACAACCCCGUGAUUGCAAAAUCUUGGAAUCAUAUGAUCUUGAAGAAGAAGAACCAUGUAUGGAUCCCUCAUGGCCUCAUUUACAAAUCGUAUAUGAACUUCUACUAAGAUUCAUAGCCUCCCCAGAAGCAGAUGCCAAAAUUGCAAAAAAAUACAUCGAUCAUUACUUUGUUCUUAAAUUGUUAGACAUGUUUGACUCUGAAGAUCCAAGAGAACGUGAGUACUUAAAGACAAUUCUUCAUAGGGUUUAUGGUAAAUUCAUGGUUCAUCGUCCUUUUAUAAGGAAAUCUAUCAACAAUAUCUUUUAUAGAUUUGUGUUAGAAACCGAAAAGCAUAAUGGGAUUGCAGAACUUUUGGAGAUUUUAGGGAGUAUUAUCAAUGGGUUUGCUUUGCCAUUGAAGGAAGAACAUAAGUUGUUUCUUUCAAGGGCUUUGAUUCCAUUGCAUAAACCGAAAUGUUUGGCCAUGUAUCAUCAACAAUUAUCAUAUUGUAUUACUCAAUUUGUUGAGAAAGAUUGUAAAUUGGCUGAUAUGGUGAUAAGGGGUUUGUUGAAAUAUUGGCCUGUUACAAAUAGUUCAAAGGAGAUUAUGUUUUUGGGUGAAUUGGAAGAGGUUCUUGAAGCUACACAACAACCCGAAUUUCAUCGGUGUAUGGUGAUUUUGUUUAAACAGAUUGCUCGUUGCUUGAAUAGUUUGCAUUUUCAGGUGGCAGAAAGAGUUCUAUUCUUCUGGAACAAUGAUCACAUUGAGAAUCUAAUCAGACAAAAUCGGAAAGUAAUUCUCCCCAUAAUCUUUCCAGCACUUGAAAGAAAUGGGAGAUAUCAUUGGAAUCAAGCUGUUCAUAGUUUGACUUUAAAUGUCAGGAAAAUCUUCUUUGACCUUGACCCUGAACUUUUCAACGAGUGUUUGCUCAAUUUCCAAGAAGAAGAGGCAAAGGAAGAUAAGAUGAAAUCAAGACGUGAAGCCACGUGGAAACGAUUAGAAGAAAUUGGUGCAGAUAAAGCUUCAAGUAACGAAGCUGUUCUUGUGAAUUAGGAGUUGAAUUCUAAAGAUUCAAGCUUUUGUAAUCCUGUUUUGGGAAAAGCUACAAGUUGUUUUGUAAAUUUGGGCUGUUGUUUUUUUAAUGUUGUAGGAGGAUAAUGUGGUACAUUUAGUUCGAUAAACUAGCUAAAAGCAAUGCAUUUUGAGCGAGUUUCUAGCUCAUAUAUA